CUGCUACACCCCCUACACCAAGACUACCAAUAAACACAGACACGGCAACAAUGGCCUCCUCCUCGCCCGAAGAGCUCCUCAAGUCUGCCGAGAAGCGGGCCAACUCGACAGGCGGCUGGUUCAGCAGCUCUUCGGGCAAGCUCGAGGAAGCGGCCGAGCUGUUCAAGGCUGCCGGCAACAAGUUCCGACUAGCAUCACGAUUCGACGAGGCUGGCCAGGCGUUUAUGCGGGCAGCCGAGACGGAGAUCAAGGCUGGCGAAACAGACUAUGCGGCCAACACCUUCUUCGAGGCUCACAAAUGUUUCAAGAUGGCCAGACCGGAAUUGGCCGUCGUCGCACUGACCCGAUGCAAGACGAUUCUGGUCGAGAGAGGCCGGUUCAGACAAGCUGCGGAUCGAGAAAAGAACAUUGCGGAGCUGUACAAGAACGAGGCAAACGACCCUCGCAAGGCGCUCGAGAGCUAUGAGCAAGCAGGCGAAUGGUACCUGCAAGAGGGCGCACAGGCCACCGCCUCUGGCUGCUUCAGAGAGGCAGCAACGGUUGCCACUGAGGUGGGCGAUUACAAGCGGGCUCUCGAGAGGUGGGAGCAAGUGGCACAGAUGAGCCUCGAGAGCAACUUGACGCGGUACAGCGUCAAGGACUACUACCUCAAUGCCGGCUUGUGCUACAUGGCCAUCCCUGACUACGUCGCUUGCGGAAACGCAAUGGGCUUCUACGCCAACCAGGACCCCUCGUUUCCGACGACGAUGGAAGGACGCUUCCUCCACUCGCUUCUCGAGGUGUGCGAAGCAGGCGACGUGGCCGCUUUCGAUGAGCGAGUGCAAGAUUUCGACCGGACAAAGAGGAUCAUUGGAUGGCAGGCGACGCUCUUGCGAAACGUGCGAAAGGCGGUCCAAGAGGAGCCCGACCUUUCCUGAUUACACUUCGUUCUCCUUCCACCCCUCUCCUGCUUAGUCGUGUCCAUCAAUUCUACACUUCAAACCUCAAGAACCCUGUGUCCAGCUUCACUUUUGCUUUUACGAGUCGUGAUGCCUAGAAUUG